UCACAAGCACAAAGUGACGACGCGGUAGGACUAUAAAAUCAAAUACCCAUAUAAUCGCGACGGAUACGUUAUACGGCUAUUUGUGACACUGUGUGUGCGGAACACGUACCUUUAAUUUUCUCUCAUAAAACAAAAACAAUGGCAAGCUACUUUUUGUCUGCUAUCUCUCUGCUGGCUCUGACUGGCUGCUGCUUGGGCGGCUUUGCGGCAACUUAUGCUGGCUAUCAUCCCGGAUACGCCACUUACCAGGCAGGUCCUGCUGUAUACCAUGCGGCUCCUGCUGUUUACCAUCAAGCAACGGCUCCAGUUUAUACAAAAACCUUGCUGCCCGCGGCGCCCGUGUAUACCAACACCUAUGCUCUGCCCGCUCCCGCUCCAAUUGUCAAGACCAUUGCUCCAGUUGUUCCAGUUGCACCUGUUGUGAAGACUUUGGCGGCUCCCGUUUUAAAGACCAUCACUCCAGUUGUCAAGCAGGUUGAACUGGAGUCCUCGCCACGUUAUGACUUCUCCUACGGCGUGCACGAUUCCCUCACCGGUGAUAUCAAGAGUCAAGUGGAGAGCCGUGAUGGCGGCAAUGUAAUUGGUUCAUACAGCGUGCUCGAUGCCGAUGGCUACAAGCGUACUGUUACCUAUACUGCUGAUGAUAUCAAUGGAUUCAACGCAGUCGUUAGCCGUGUGCCCCUUGUGGCUGCUCGUGCUGCUGCCGUCGUGACGCCAGUUGCAGCUGCCGCACCUGUUGUUGCUGCCCACGCACCUGCGCCAGCUGUUCUGCCCGCUCCCAUUUACUAUCCACAACAGCAGUUUUUCCAGCCACAGCAACAGAUAAAUGUUGAGCAAGAGAGUGAAGUUGUCGAGGCUCCUCGUCAGCCCGAACAAGAGCCCGCGCCCAUUGACUACCAAGAGGUGCAGCAGCAACAGGAACAACAAGAGGUUUACCCUCAGGAUCAGCAAUUCCCACCUUUUCCAUCUGCUUCUCCAGCUCCUGUUGAUGACUCCGAUACUGAUGUCGUCGAGGCACGCUCCGCACAAGAAACCAGCAGCACAACUGCCGCUCCAGCACCUGUUAACGAGGAUAACAAGGAGAAAGAACUGCAGCAGGAUAAAAAGUCAACAUAAACAAAUUCCAC